AAGAAGCGGAGCUCGAAGGAGAGGAGUCGGUCCACAAUCUGUGAGGUCAAAAGACGAGAAAGACCUCAGCUGGACUCUGGCAUGUCCAAAUUCGGAGAUUUGUUUGUUCUAGUUUUGUCCGAGUGCACGCAGGACUGCAGCGAAGCCUAAAUCAGGUUAAUUUGCUGAAACAGAAGCUCUUAAGACAACCCGGACUACAGCUGUAACAGGAAUGGUUUAUCCUCCUGAAGGGUUAUUCUACAUCGAGAUGGAUCAAGCCCCGCCAGCUCUUCCUCCCAGAUCAACAAAACCAGCCGUGUCCUCCCUGAACAACAACAGCUGCCUUUCUCCACCCGUGUGUUCGCUGAAGGACGCCAAGUGGUACUGGGGGGACAUAACAAGGGACGAGGUGAACGAGAAGCUUCGAGACACACCUGAUGGGUCUUUUCUGGUGCGUGACGCCUCCACAAAGCUGCAGGGGGACUUUACACUGACUUUGAGAAAAGACGGACACAACAAGCUCAUUAAGAUAUACCACCGUGAUGGGAAGUACGGCUUCUCAGACCCCCUCACCUUCACCUCGGUGGUGGAGCUCAUCUGGUACUAUCAGCACCACUCACUGGUGGAGUACAACGCCACAUUGGACCUGAUGCUCACACACCCCGUGUCCUGCUUCCAGCAGGUGAAAGAAAACAGUGUUGACGUUGCUGGAAGGAAGCUCAAGGAGGUCCACACGCAGUACCAAGAGAAAUCAAAGGAGUUUGACUGUCUUUAUGAAACCUUUACGAAGACCUCCCAGGAGAUCCAGAUGAAGCGCACAGCGAUUGAGGCCUUCAACGAGACAAUGCUCAUCUUUGAGGAGCAGUGUCGUGAGCAAGAACGUUACGGAGAAGAGUUCGAGAGAAACGCUCCAUCUGAGGCCGCCAACAAUGACCUGGAGAGCUUCCUGAUACAUUAUGAGAAACUGAAGUGCCGUCUUGGGGAGAUUUACGACAGCAAAGUUCACCUGGAGGAAGACUUGAGAACACAAGUGGAGGACUACAGAGAGACGGACAGGAGGAUCAGCAGCCUGCGGCCAGACCUCAUCCAGCUUCGCAACAUCAGAGACCAGUACCUCAACUGGCUCAAUCACAAGGGUGUUCGGCAGAAACGCAUCAACGACUGGCUCGGGAUACAGAGUGACAGUCUCGACGACACCUACGUGUUGAAGGGGGACGAGAAGAACUUGCCACAUCAGGAUGAGACCAGUUGGUUUGUUGGAGAACUGAGUCGAACGCAGGCUGAGGAAAUGCUCCAGGGCAAAGCUCCCGGAACGUUCCUGAUCCGCGAGAGCAGCAAGCAGGGCUGCUACGCCUGCUCUGUUGUCGUUGACGAGGAGGUGAAGCACUGUAUGAUCUACAGCACGUCUCACGGGUAUGGCUUUGCCGAACCGUACGACGCCCACUGCUCGUUGAAAGACCUCGUCCUGCACUACCGCCUGCACUCCUUAGCGCAACAUAAUGACGCCCUGGACGUCCGGCUGUCACACCCAGUACAUGCCAAAGCUGCAGCCGCUUCUGAGCAAACUGAGGAACACAAACACUCACAGACUCCAAAACACACAACGGGGCUCCCGCCUGCCGCUCCCGAGAUGUGAUCCAGCUGCGAAAGGCAGCUUCCUGUAUCCUGAGAGAAGGACUGCAUUAAUGGUGCAUUGUAUAAAAAGAAGAAAAAAAGAAUUUGCACUACGGUGAUUCCAUCAGUUUUUGUGAAUGGGAUCUCACAAAUUGAAGUGGGAAUGGAACUUGAAUGUCAAGACUGUUUCAAACUUUUUAACUUGGGUUUUUAAUUGCUGUUCAUUUAAAGGACCCUUCCUCUGGUAGGGGAGAUCUGAAAUAUCUUCACUGGCAUCAGGUGCUCCACCUUUGAGCUUAACGUUGCUGGGAGUUCUCCACUUCCCGAAUGAAAAUCGAUUGAACCGAUGUGGGACGCUUCUACAAAGUGCAUUUGUGAGAGAAAUGAAAAUGGUGCUCCACCUCGUGGGCCGAAACAGUUUUGGGUUAAAGCGCCGCAUGUAAUUAUGCUAAAGUUCAUGGUGCAUCUUAACCACUUGCCCCUUUAUACCAGAUGUUCAUAUACAGAGGAUGAUAAUUAUGUAGCAUUAACAUACUGUAGAAAAGCAUAGUAAAGGCAUACUCGAUAUUAUACCCAUUGACCAAAGCGUUUAGUUGUGAGCAAAACUACAUCUCUGUUGAAUGUGAUGUUUGCAUUUUGGCAAGGGUAGAGCAACUUAUGUACACCUGCUGAUGUGCUGAUCAAAACAUAAUCUAAAGUACUGUAUGUUAUAUUCUGUUACUCAAAGAAGUAUAAGCUUUUUGUAUUCUAUAUAUAUUUUUUCUAUAAACAUGCCACAAAAUGAAACCUUGAAAAAAAAAAAAAAGUGCAAUCCAGCAGUAUUCCUAUUGUUGCAAUGAUUGAUGAUGAUGGUGAAGGUGAUGCUGUUAGAGAGGUUGACAUUUGCCACAAAAAUGCACUCUCCCCCUGGUGGUUGUCGGGAUGAUGUGGCCUCCCAUGUUUGUAUGAACUGCCAGAGGUCCGGAAGGAUCCUGCCUCCAUUACUUGAACUGUGGCAUUGCUCUAGCUAUGAAUGUUUUUUUGUUUGUUUGUUUUCAUAACAUGCAGCCUACAUAGCUUAAGAGGAAAGGAAUCCACAUUGAACUUGGCACAUUUUUUCAAGUUAAAGGACAAUAGACAUUUUGUACAGAGAUACCUUGAAAUGUAUUUCUGACGUUGGUGUGUGGAAGGAGGUUGAUGAGACGUCACUCCACUGGAGGAGUGACGGAACUCCUCGAGUGAAGCUGAGCAAUGUGAGAUCCUGACAUUUAUCUUGCUGAAAGACA